AUGCGCUUUGUAUUUCCGUAGCAGGAAGGACUGGACGACGGACCAGACUUCCUCUCCGAAGAGGAUCGAGGACCCAGGGCGGUCAGUGUGGACCUCCAGACGGAUGCAACGCUUCAGGUGGACAUCUCAGACGCCCUCAGCGAGCGAGACAAGGUCAAGUUCACCGUGCACACCAAGAGCACGCUUCCGAACUUCAAGCAGAACGAGUUCUCGGUGGUCCGUCAACAUGAGGAGUUCAUCUGGCUGCACGACUCGUUCGUGGAGAACGAAGACUACGCCGGAUACAUCAUCCCGCCCGCGCCGCCCAGACCAGACUUUGACGCCUCCAGAGAGAAGCUGCAGAAGUUGGGUGAGGGCGAGGGCUCUAUGACCAAGGAGGAGUUCACCAAGAUGAAGCAGGAACUAGAAGCAGAGUACCUGGCCAUCUUCAAGAAGACGGUCGCCAUGCACGAGGUCUUCCUGUGUCGCGUGGCAGCGCAUCCUGUUCUCAGGAAGGACCUCAACUUCCACGUCUUCCUGGAGUACAACCAGGACCUGAGCGUGCGAGGGAAGAACAAGAAGGAGAAGUUGGAGGACUUCUUCAAGAAUGUGGUCAAGUCAGCCGACGGAGUCCUGGUAGCGGGCGUCAAGGUAACUCAGUUAAACGACGUUGACGACUUUUUCGAGCACGAAAAGACUUUUUUGUUAGAGUAUCACAACAGAGUCAAAGACGCCUCGGCCAAGUCAGACAGGAUGAUCCGCUCGCACAAGAACGCCGCCGACGACAUCAACAGAAUGGCGUCGACUCUGUACGUGUUAGGAACGCAGGAUUCGACCGAUCUGUGCAAGUUCUUCCUCAAAGUGUCCGAGCUCUUUGAAAAAACGAGGAAAAUCGAAGCUCGCGUGGCCGCUGAUGAGGACUUGAAGCUGGCCGACUUGCUAAAAUAUUACCUGAGGGAGUCACAGGCUGCCAAGGACCUCCUUUACCGUCGCAGUCGGGCGCUGCUGGACUACGAGAACGCCAACAAGGCUUUGGACAAGGCUCGCGCCAAGAACCGCGACGUCCUCCAGGCAGACACCUGCCAGCAACUUUGCUGCCGCAAGUUUGACAAGAUCUCAGAGUCAGCAAAACAAGAACUCAUCGACUUCAAGACGAGGCGAGUGGCAGCGUUUCGGAAAAACCUGGUGGAGCUAGCCGAACUGGAGCUCAAACACGCUAAGGGGAACCUGCAGUUGUUGCAGAGCUGUCUGGGUGUCCUGAGAGGAAACACUUAA